UUUUUUUUUUUUUUUUUUUUUUUUUUUUUUUUUUUUGGAUAUAGAUACUAAUGCCAAUAUUUUUUGCUUCGCCCUCAAAAACAGUCACGCCGUAAGACAUAUUAGCGAGCGAAGUUCGCGACGCGACGAGCUCGCUCCAAUGAUCACACAUGAGUCACGUGAUUUGCUCUUCAUCAGCUGAAAAAAGAUGAGUAUUACCCAUAAUGCUUCUGGAAAAAUGUCGCCGUCACUGCGGUAUAAUUCAUUGACAAACCCGUAAUUAAAAUAAUUAGAUUGUUUAGAAAGUACCAUAAACCUUUUUAAAUUCCAGACAAGCUUUCCCAUAUCUUCAAACGUUUUGUUUUUGCUUGGUUUGAGAGCAAACUUCCGCCAGAGUUCGUUUGCUCACAAACCAAACUCUUCCAGUCAGGCAUUAUGGGAUAGCGAUUUCUUAGGCGCGUAUACUGUGUGACGUCACUGUAGAAUGGCGAAAAAACAUAAAGUCUAACGUAAACAGUUCAAAACAAGAACGUAAACAUAAAGUUCAUUACUUUACGCUAUAAUUUUAACAGAGUAUCCCUACUUUUUAAUGAUCUUUUGAUCAUUUUAUGUUUAGAAUAAAAUCCAUACUUUUAUAUUAAUGCUCUUAAUGUCAAUAUCUUCAAACUUUUAACUAAGAACUACUUCUUUAGUGCCAUAUGCCCGCGUGAUAAUCGCGGACUCACAAUAUACAAAUCUGUAUAUUGUGCUGCGUCUCAUAGGAGAGGUCUAUUCGUAGGUGACGUAAUGAGGCCUCGACGGGGAAUUUGGGUUUGAGAGAAGAAAAAACAUUGUAGCUAAUAUGACGUCACAAUGUAACUGUUUACAUCCACCGCGUUAUAUUUCCCGCGUUAAAUGAAAAGGCGGAUAAAAUGUCUAUGAGUCGUGUUGCAAGAUGUCAAUGGGCUUCGCUCGUCUCAACGGUGCCUGUGCGAUAUAAUGCCUCAAUCGUGCGCAAUUUUUAGCCAAGUUGCAACGAAGUUGAACUCGGCUAUUGGUUUGGUGAUGCGGGCGGACGGGCGUCAACAAUUGGUUUCCGGAUGAUAACUCAAAAAGUUUACAAUCUAAUCAAAUGAAACUUUGAUAUAUUGUUGGGUACCAGGUAAGGAACACCCCUUUUAAUUUUGGAGAAAAAUGGUCAAAGGUCAAGGUCACAGUGACCGAAAAUAGAAUGAAAAUUUUAGAAAAAUUUGGGUUUCUGGAUGACAACUCAGAAAGUUUAAAUCCGAAUCAAAUGAUACUUAAAGAUAUUGUUAUGUACCAGGUAAGGAAGACCCCUAUUGAUUUUGGAGAAAGUAUGUCAGAGGUCAAGGUCACAGGGACCGAAAAUAGAUUUAUAAUUCCAAAAUAUUUUGGUUUCUGAAGGAUAACUCGGUUUUUUUUUAAUUUGAAUUAAAUGAAACUUGGAUAUAUUGUUGGAUACAAGCAAAGCAAGGCCCCUAUUGAUUUUGGAGAAAAACGUCAAAGGUCAAGGUCACAGUGACCGAAAAUAUAUUGAAAACUUCAGACAAAUAUGGUUUCUGGACAUUAACUCGAAAAGUUUACAACUGAAUCAACGGGAUCAUGAUACUAAGUACUACAUUCCAUUGAAGAAUGUAACAGUGUACACUAUAGGCGUGCUCAGUAAACUCUCGCUAAUAACGAAAUUCAAUCCUUUCUAUACGUCGUUUGUUAGAUAAAUAUGCUAUUUCACUAAUACGUGUACUAACACAUUGAAAUUUGAAAGAAGAAAAAAUCACGUUUGAAUGACAAGCACAAGAAGCAUUGUUUUACAAUCCCUGUAGGUGAAAUUUGAUUGUCAGAGUUAAAGUAGAUUACGAAUGUAAAUUGAACGGAACAGAACGGUUGGUCGGAGUGACUUAAUCUAAUGUCGUUUUAAAGGUACACGACUAAGCAGCAAUCCGCUUUGAGUUGAAAAAUCAUGCAUUAGUAAGACAAAGCAUUUCCGCAAGUUUCGUAAGUGAAGAUUUAUUGAAUUUCAGACCGGUGUGAAGAAUCUUAAACAUGCACAGUUUGAUUUCUCAAUUAUAAACAUCACGCACUGGCUGUGUAGUACUGACUUAAAGGCAGAAUGCCAAAGUACAAGCUGACAUAUUUUGAUCUGAGGGGUCGAGCGGAGCCGAUACGACUCCUGUUCGCUGUGGCUGGUGUUCCGUUUGAAGAUGAAAGAAUCGAACGGGAGCAGUGGUCCGCUAUCAAGCAUAAAGUCCCAGGGAACGCAUUGCCUAUACUGUCUGUCGACGGGUUUCUCGUCACUCAGAGCACAGCAAUAAUCAGACACUUGGCUCGUAUAUUCGGUUUGGAUGGAGAAACAUUGUCACUGAAAGUUAAAGUGGACGAAAUUGUUGAGUAUCUUCUGGAGAUGAAGAACAAAAUGGCUGAAAUGCCGAUGAUGAGUGAUGAUUCCAGAACUCAAGAAAAGGCCAUGGAAAUCAUGAAAUCGUUUAAAGAGUUGAUGAUGAAAGCAUGCACAUUCAUUGAAGCACAGAUACAAAAGAACAUGAAACAAGGAAAUGGCUUUGCUGUCGGGAAUCGGUUAACUGUUGCUGAUAUCAUGAUCUUCGAAGCGUUUGAGAACAUCUUGGCGACAAACGGCAAUGCUCUUGAUAAAUGUAUGGGAAUAAUGAAGUGUCGUGCAAAAGUGGCUGACAUGCCGCGCAUUAAGGAAUAUUUAUCGAAACGAAAACAAACUUCCUUUUAGAAUAUAGCAGGCAAUAAUUAUAGCGUUUCCGAGGAAUUUUAUCUGGUCGACGUAUAUACUAUUUUCCAAGUAAUCGUAAUAAGGGAGGCGAAGCUGUUUAAAAGGAAGAAUGUUAACUAACACCGGUGUGGCUUUAUCCAGCGGAUAUUUUUAAUCCACUAAAAGUGUUUUAACAGUGUUUGCGUGUUGGCAAUUUAAAACUUGCUUAUUUGGAAGUCAAUAGAAUUUGAUAUAUGUAUUUUUCAUUCAAGAUAAUCGAAAUCUUGUACAUUGCAUAUAUCAUCAUUUUAAUUCAUUUCUAUACGAAAACUUGUAAUUCAACUUUUGUUUCAGUGUCUCGUUUGAUUUUAUGUUGUAUGAAAAAAUAGCCUCUUGUAAAUAAAGUGCAUUAUAGAAUGAUUAAUUUAUCAAUAUCUAAUACAGAUUAGGAUUUUUCUCUUUUAAACUUAUGUACCAUUUUCAGUCAAAUUUGGCAUGAACACCUUUUGAUUUUCUUUAUCCUACUGCUUCCCUCGAUCACCAUGAUAUUCAACUCCUCUAUUGACCAGAGUCUUUCUAUCUUUAUUUGAGGAGAGGCUUGUUCGACCUCUUCUAAAGAAACCUGGACUUGACAAAGAGGUUUUGAAAAACUAUCGUCCAGUCUCCAAUCUAUCUUUUAUUUCCAAGGUUCUGGAGAACGUUGCGGCUAGUAGAAUGAACAAACAGUCACCUUGACUCAUAUUCUUCACCGGAUCCAUUCCAAUCCAGCAUACCGUGCUCGACAUUUUACGGAAACGUUAAAGUACAUAGCGAUAUCACUUCAGCGCUCGAUCAACAAUCAACGACAGCCCUUGUCCUUGACUAGUCUGCAGUCUUGGAUGUCAUCGACCAUGAAAUACUACUUCAACGCCUUUCUGUAUCCUGUGGAGUUAAUGGUGAUGCCCUAGAAUGGGUCAGAUCCUAUUUACAAGAUAGACACCAGUGCGUUACCAUUGGACCUAUUAGGUCAGAUACCUGUCAGUUACCUUUUGGUGUUCUCCAGGGAUCUGUUUUGGGACCCAAAUUAUACCGUCUUUUCGCAAGACCCAUAGCAACAUUAUGUCAUCGCCAUGUUAUGGAGUGACAUUGCUACGCGGACGAUACACAAGUCUACAUGGUAAUCAGACCAGAAGAAAACUGAAUAAACUACAUAUCUCGCAUGGAAUCCUGCAUCGCAGGCAUAGGCUUUUGGAUGACAUCGAACCUUCUUAAAUGAAAUCUCGACAAGACUGAACUAAUUUUAUUUUAAACGACACAAAAUUGAGACUGUGACCCUACGCUACAUCUCAAGGGGGCCAUACUAUCAAAGAGUACAUCAUGCGUGAACAAUUUAGGCGUAUUUUUCGAUCAACAUCUCACAAUGGAAAAACAAGCGUCACCAGGCGUCAAAUCAUGUCACCAUCGGGCGGAUAAGACACUACUUAAACAAAGGAGGCAUGUAAAUCUCGGUAAACGCCUUUGUAACAUCUAAACUCGAUUAUGGAAACUGUAUAUUUUAGAGGAAAAAAACAUUGCAACGGGUGCAGAAUAGUGCUGCUCGUUUAGUUACGAAGUUCCCUAAACGGGAAGACAUAGUUCCGAUUUUGGCGGAACUCCAUUGGUAUUCAAUACAUUGUACAUUGCCGACCGAAUGUCAUGAUUUUUACCUACACAUAUCGUUUCUUCCACGGAUCUGCACCUUCAUGCAUCGCAGGUCUUUUAAAUGAAUACAAGCCAAGUCGACCAUUACGGUCAGAAUCGAAAUCGUAACUUGUGGUGCCAAAAUCAGAACCAAAAAAUACGGACAACGCCAAAUCAGCUGGGCUGCAGCACAUCUCUGGAAUGACCUUGCAGAACAUAUCAAGAAUUCAACAUCUCUUGAAAUUUUCGAAAAAAGUCUUAAAACUCAUUUUAUCAAGUAACCUUUUAGAUUCUAACAUGAAUAAAUUGUGUUUUAACUAUCAAACCAAAAAAUGUCCCGUGGGGAUCCGGGUUAGAAUAGGUCGUCAGUACCCCUUGCUUGUCGUAGAAGGCGACUAAAUGGGGCGGUCCUUCGGAUGAGACCGCAAAAACCGAGGUCCUGUGUCACAGCAGGUGUAGCACGAUAAAGAUCCCUCCCUGCUCAAAGACCAUAAGCGCCGAGCAUAGGCCUACAUUUUGGAGCCCAUCACCGGCAGUGGUGACGUCUCCAUAUGAGUGAAAUAUUCUCGAGAGGGACGAAUAUUUAAUCAAUCAAACACAAAAUAAAGCCUUUUAGCCAUC